CUUGAAUGUUUAGUGUUAAGGAUUCUCAACUUCACUGUGAACCAUUUCCAAUAGAUCAACAACACAAUUUCUGAGUCAUAUCUAUUAGAUAUAAAUUAUAUACUUUACACAUCUAACAUUCUGUAUAAAAAGUGGAUGAAAGGUUAGAAGUACCAAAAAACAAACACCUACAACCAAAGUAUGUACACUCUGGAAGAAAUACAGAUUUUAGAUAAUCUACUAAUCCAUGUAAUAAUCAGUUUCAUUAUGAAUACUUUAUAAAUUCUGUCUAACUACAAUAUAGGAAGCAAUGGAUUCUCCACAGAAGGAUAUACGUAUCAUAAGUUUUUGUUUUUAUAUUAGGGAAGAUGGUUAUAAAUAUUCCAUUAUGACCUGAAAGUCUGCAGCUAUGCCAAAUAUGCAAUGUUUACACCUGCAGUUAUUACAAAUAAUAGUGACAACAUAAAGCAAGCAUUUACUCAAUAAUAUUGGGAAUUAUCCUGUAUAAAUUAUUGCAAAACAUUUGUUAUAUCUUUGACUAUAAAAGUGUUUGGAUUUCUUAGGAUUGCUUCCAAUGUUUUCCGCAAUGGCAGCUCUGUAUAUUCUGUUUUACCGACAUGUUGGAAACAGCAAAACAUAUCAUGGCUGAAUAUGGUGGUUUUCUGAUUUAUAACAAUGUGUUGACUUUAAUUAAUCUAUUACAUGAUAUAAAAGAGAUGUACAAUAAGAAUAAUUAAUUGUGAAACUUGUUAAGACAGAUGUGAUUAAUUGUUCAUAGUGUUAUCUGAUUUUAAGUGUUGUACCAAGCUCAUUGUAUGUCAUGAAAAAGUGUAUGAUAAAAGCUUGUAGUGAACAUGAUAUAUCACUAGAUGUAAUAGUGUUUCACUGCCUUUAAAGAAGUUCUAAAUAUUCGUGCAAUAAUAUAAACACUUCUAUACUGGAGUCUCAUAUUCAUUUGUGACUUUCAAAGCAUCAGACAUAUUCUAAUGGAUCAUACUCUGGAAUACUGUGACAUGUAAUAAAUAGAAUCUCAUGCCAAGACUACGAAAGGACAGAGGACACAAAACCAGGUGGGGUGUUCAGUAUUAUGCAGCAGUAAGAAAUGCUGUUUUUAUGAUACGGACACCCCCAUAUGUACCACCAGAACCACCUCCUUCAUUAAAUAAACAUGAAUGUGAUACUUUAUAUGUGUGUCCACAGUGCAAAGAUCGCUUCCAUUUUCGAAGUAGCUUGGAAGAUCACCGUGUACGGAAAAGUUGGAUAUUGGGAUAUUGGUGUCAACACUGCUUUAUGACAGUUUGUAAUCAUGAACCUAAAGAGAGGUCAUUAUGUUCUGUAUGCUCAAGCUUAGAACGUGAAAAACGUAUGUAUUUAAAAAACAGAGGUUUGCAUAAAACUCAAAGGUUUGGAUCAGUCCAACUUUUUUUUAAUCAGUGUCAAUUUCUUGCACAUCUGAAAGCUCAUUCUAUUACAAAUGUAAAUAUGAGUGACCUAAUGCUAAUGCCUAUUCCAACAAACUUGACUCAGAAUUGGGAUCCUGAAAUUAAUAUAAUAUGUGAAGCUCUUAUGGAACAUACAUUUAUAAAAAAGGUUCAUAUAAUGGACUGGUUAAAGGAUGAAAACAUUGUCAGUAAUUGGUGGCAGGUAACUAACAAAGAGAGGAAAGAUGAUAAUGAUGUGGUUAGAUCUAUUCUUAAAGAUUACAAGGGUCAUUGUUACUUUCCACCAAUAGAGAUACCAGUAGAGGAGCAGGUUUAUAUUUUGAAUAAUAAGUCUGUAUCCAAUUUUUAUACCAAUUGUUCCAAUAGUGAAAUGAUUAAUACUACAGAAAAUGCUGAUAAAAUGAAGAAUUCUUCCUCUGUAGAUUCCACAACACUUAUUUCUGAUGACAAUGAAAUUGAGAAUGAAGAUACUCCUUGUACAGUAAAUGACAUUGCUUUUGUGGAUUGUGGCCCAGCAUCAAACUUUUUUGAAUCUGAAAGUUCAGUAAGUAAUAUUUCAAAAAGACGGACUACAAUUACCACAAAGUCAAGUAAAAAUUUGUCUAACGUUUCUCAUAUAACUAAUGUGGUUGUUAAUAAAGCUAAGAAAGUUAGUGCAACACAAUGGAACUCUAUUUCAUCUAACACAAUCAUGUCGUAUGGUAAUACAAUGAUAACACCAAAAUUUGGUGAAAAAGAUUCUUCUAAAUGUGUUAUUAGUAAAAAGUCAACGAAAAAUGUAAUAGAUAAAUCCAAUAAAGGUACAACACCGAUGAAACUAAUUAGAGAUGGCAUUAGUAUGGGAAAAGGAAGCAAAAGAAUAUCUGAAAAAAAUGUAUCGGUUAUUGAAUCAGUUUCUAAGGUAGAACCUGAUACUUCCUCAUGUGCAAUAAAAACCGAGACGUGCAAAAAUAAAUUAGAGAAACCAAAGCAAAAUACACCUGUAGUAACUGUUAAUUCUGCCCAAAAGUUUGUUACACUUCAAAACACGGUACACAUUGAUAUUAAUAAAAUUAUUAAUCAAUUGCAACCUCGCGUCGUAGGCAACAAGAAAAUUUACUUGAUCGGACAAGACUCGAAGUCUAUCGUUGUUCAUAAUACGGAUGACAAGCCGUCUAAAAAGUCAGUUCAGUUGGUCCCCGAUGCAAAUCACGAGAACGGCGUGAAAAAUAAGGUAUUAUCGUCAGAUUCAUCGGAGAUCGAGUUAAUCGAUAAAGAUGUGAACAAAAGUGUCCAAACAAAACCAACUGAAUCUGUUGCAAAAAAACCGCAGUUUAUAAGAAAUAAGAUUGUAUGUCAUAAUGGACAAAAAUAUAUUAUCAAACAAACACCAGGUGCUAUAAAACCAUCGAAAAGCAGAUCCAGUGUUAACAGAUCAAUGAAGAAAGAGUACCAAGCAGUACUUUGGAAAUCUACAUGUAGUAUCCCGCCAUUAAUACCUAUAAAACGGAGCGACACAGAAAGCUUAUCGACACCAGAAAGAAUCAACAGCUUGCACGGUGAUACCUCCCCUUUAACCCCUUCACCGUCACCAUCAGAAUUAUCAAGCAGUUCCAGUUGUGAUGUGCAAUCGAAGCAAUCCAUUCUAACAACAAAGAGCACGUUAAAAACCGAUGCUUCUAAUUCGAGUAACAAGUCUGCAGAUGUUAAUAUGAAAGAGCGUAAUAGCACCGAUUCGGUCGCCCCUCUGACUUUUUAUAAAGGCGAGGACCAGAACUUGUAUCUCGACAUGAAGUAUCACCCUCAAAAGCCAAUCUACACUAUUGUUGAUUCUGCGAGUAUGAUCAUGAAAACUAAGCACGAAAUGCUCAACGAAUUCUUUCACUUGACAUACGCAGAACUGAAGAAACGAUACGAUCACUUGCAACAGCUUAACAGUGAGAUAUUGGCAGUAAUGGAUUUCGUACCUGAUAACAUGGUUAAGGAACGUUUGAAAAAAAUUAAUAUCUUGGAGCAUGUAUUAAAGCACUGUAUGGACAAGUGUAGCGAUAAGGUUGAAGAUAGCGGCACGAAAGAUCGGCAAUUGGAAGAUUGGGAAUUGGAAUACAAUCUCUCGGCGGAGAAAACAUUCUGUAAAGCUUGCAAAAAGCCACGGAAGCCCGAGUAUUAUAUUCCAGGAUUUUCAAAAUCUACGAAGAACGAUAUCUAUUGUUCUUGUUAUAGGCACGUUUGUCACCAGUGCGAUACCUACCAAGGCAAUUCAACUCGGUUCGUGGCUCAUCAAACGUUCCACGACAAGGAAAAGCCAUAUUUAUGUCCGGAUUGUUAUCGCAAAUUUCUAGCGUUCACGUCGCUGGAGGCUCACACGUGGACCAGCUGUUUUCACCCGUUAAAAAAGCGUGUCCUCGGUUGUAAAAUCUGCGAAAUAGACGGUUUCAGGGACAUGGAAACUGUCGCCAGGCAUUUCGCUGUCAUGCACAGUCAUAAUAGAAUCGCGUGCGAGAAAUGUUAUAUCGUUUUACCGUCGUACACCGAAUACCAGAAGCAUCACAAAGAGAAGCACUCGGACACGGAUGACGAGCAUCCGAUAAGGCUGGUCUUGUGUAAACUCGGCCGAUGCAUUGUACGCUGCGAAGAAUACAUGCUGCAUAUGGAGAAACAUCUGGUCGUACAAAGAUUAAUAUGGUUCACGUGUCCCUUCUGCACGUUCAUCCAUGUAGAAGCGAAACGGAUAAUGGCUCAUCUGCAGAGCGAGCAUUUGUCGCAAUUGUUCGGGAUCAUAAGUCCUCGGGUGCUGUGGAAAAUCUUGCCGCCGGACAUUGCGAGCAGUUUCCUGAACGGCACGCAGCAGUCGAUUAAGUCGUCCUGCCUGAACGAGGAAUCUUCGGAGGACAGGACGAUCAUGCCUAAAAUUGUGAACACCAGGACCAUCACGUCCGAGGUGUUCGAGCGCGGAACCGAAGAAGUGGUCGAGUAUCUACCAGUGACCGACUCCGGGCAGCGACCCAAAGUUAACAAGAAGUUCAAAGCUAUCACGAAAUUCUUCUCGGAAUUCAAUGAAAGUUUACCCAAGAUACUCGAAGUCAGAUCGAUCGCCGAACAAUCGUCGAGCGACGCUUCCGACUCGCCUAUCAAUGAAAGUGCAAUAGAGUCCGUGAAAGGAAUGGAAGACGUGGCAGCUCGGAAGGAAGUAAAAACUGAUACAAAGCGUCUAAAUGAUCUUACAGAAUCGGAACACGAAAUUUCGAUCGAAGACAUCAAAUUGCAACUUUUACCGGGCAAUCGGGAGGUGAAGGAUGAGCACGCAACAGAGAUCGAUUUAAGUAAGUUGACGACUGAACCGGCUCAACAAGAUAGCAGUUCGUAUCUUCGGAAGGAUGCGCUGCUGUCGACGAAUAAGGAUGCAGCUAAAACGGAUACCAUCGAUCAGAAACCAUCAUGCGAGAUAGGCGAUGCGAAGGAAACAGAAAUAAGACAAACGAAUGAUACUUUCAAUAAUUCGAGUCGGCUGUUGAAACCUCCUCCACUCGCCAGAAUUCCUCAGCGCGUUCUCGAACCGGAGCAGACGUCAAAAACGGAGGGAAGGCCGAAGGUGUUCUCGCGCAGCCAGAAAACGAGUCGACAUUUUUAUCAACGAAUCGCCCUGAACGGCCCACUUAAAGCGAAAGAAACGGUCCUAAAUUUCUUCUGUCCCCUCUGCGGAGACCUGAUAAAUACGUCGUGGUCGGUCGUGAGUAGUCAUUUCGAGCAAAAGCACAGGCAGGAUUGCAAGCUGGUGGUGGUCAAUCCAACGCUGGUGCGAAUGUCGCAGGAAUUCAUAAACGACGGUUACAAGGAUUUGCUGGGUAACAGAAAGCGCAAAUCGGACAAUGCCUCGACGAACACGAAGAGGAGACGGAGGUGGACACCGAAGAAGUAUUCGGAGGGUAGAAACGCGAACUUCGCAGGAAUCGGGCUGUGCGUGACGCAGGAGACCGCGGAGGAUAGCGAAGGGAAAUUCCGGUGUAAAAAGUGCGACCAGCGGUGUUCAAACAUGAUACAUUUGAGAGAGCAUAUUGCGACCGAUCACAGGAUCAGAGGGCGAUAUCUGAUCUGCCUGGAAUGCGGUGACAAUUUCGUGGUCGCGCCUAGUUUGCAGAUGCAUCUGAAGGCGUUCCACGGGAUUGAAGACCCCAUUGCCUAUAUGGCAAAAAACCCGUCCUAUGCACCGGAUAGCAUCGAAGAUCUCGAUGUUGAAGGGAAGGCCAUCGAGGCGAAUCAGUGCCACGUCUGCAUGGCUGUCUUCGAGAACAAGGCUGCCGUGGAUAAACACCUCAGGGUUCACGGUAUGGCGUUUCUAAAUCGAAAAAGGAUAGAGGCGCAGAACGCCAUGAAGAGUCCGGAAAAGAAAAACGGGACCGACGAAGAAAAGCAGGUACCGGAUGCGACGACGGGACCAAAGGUACCCGUCAGGAAGGGUAAACCGGCUGAGACGAUAUUAGACAAAAUUACUGCAACCAUGUAGUUAACGGAAACACGACUAUCCGGAGGCAAAAGCGACCGAAGCAUAAUAAAUACUUAAGAAUUCCCAUUCUCAAAUAUGCCAAUCUGUGAUUUACCGUUUUAUUUAAGUGUACGACGAACUUUUCUUGUAAUUAGGGCAGUUUAGACAAGGAUUGUUAGUUAUUUCAUAGGAUCGUGGGAGAAUAGCGUCUCGUUUAUCGGAACAGACUUUUAUUAACUCGCUCGAGUUAAUAUAGGCGUAUUACCUUGUUUUAGAAUAACGAAACGUAAUGCGAAACGUAAUGCUUCUUGUAAAUACGAGCGCGUAACCGUAGACAAGUCGUAUUCCAAGUACGUUUGAUUCAUUACACAACGCGGAUCCGUUGAGAUCCGAUCGUUCGAUUUAUUCGCGAACUUUGUGGUUUUACUUUGUGUUACUCGAUCGUAGGUGGCUCUGUAUCUAUUGUAUCCUUUGGUAUUUACAGAGUCCCGCGGUUACAAGUACAAGAUAAUGUAAAUAAUUCUGAUUUAAAACAGAUAUAACUUUUUGUACUCUACUAAUUCGUAUACAUCGUUGUACCAAAAGAUACAUGAAAAUAAAAUAUUCUAAUUUACUUUCGGUCAUUCUGUACAUGUAUCUGUCCUCGAGAAUAGAAAAGAAUCUCAUUGAUAACAGUCACAUAGAAUAUAUAUAUAUAUUUAUCUUUAUUACACCGUCUUUAAUUGCACCGACGAACAUUAUUGCUUAGUAAUUAGCGGUUCAAUGAUUGACACAUCGAUAUUAUUCGAGGUACGAAACGAGGGUACGGUUGCGCUUCAUUUGUUCUUAUCUACAUAUUUAUAGAUGUAUACAUAACGCUUCUUUAUGCGUUGCAGCAUCAAAAUAUCAGUACAUCUCGCAUUAAAAUUUACAGAGGGAACUGA